AUGGAGAGCAUAUUAGAAAAGAAAGGCCAGCGAAGGCAGAAUGCCGGCACCGACCAGGAAAGCCUUAAGUUCAGAGAGAGGCUCGAAGCCAGCAAGGCCACCUACAGGAAGCCAGUGGAGCAACCCAGAGAUGUCUUAGCCGAUGCGGCACGACGAAGAGAGGCACGGAAGAAGCCCAAUAUGCCGGUCAAGAGCGAAAAGCGCGGUGAUGCACCCGCAAGCCGCAAGAGCGCUGUCUCUUCUUCACGCCCACGGCCCGAGGCGGAGGCCGCUCCCGAGGGCGAGCGUAACUACGACUGGCCCCCGUGCCUGCGCUGCAUGGGAAGAAACCUCCCUUGCUCCUUUGUUCACAAUCGCAGCGCCGGGUCCGACCUCGUCUGCACCUGCUGCGAGCGGCUGGGCGAGGGCGUCUUUUGCAUCCAGGUCGCCACGGUCCGUGCCGGUAGGUACUACGGCGUGGAAGAGGUGACAUCGGUGCAGCUGUGGCCGGCCGGGUGGCGCAGCGACGAUGGGCUUCACCGGUCUGACUUGAUAGAGGUGUUUGUCCCAAUCCCGGAUCUGACAUAUUCGCCGGACGAGUACGAGGCUUUUGUCCAGACGGCUCAGCAUCUCAUCAACGGUGAGCCGGGUCCGCUGGUGGUCGAUCGACUGGGUGAUGGUCUGAUGCUAACUGAUACGGAGAACUGGAUGCUUCCUUCGCGGUGGAACGUUGAUAAGUCUCAAAGGCCACUUAUUGACACAGAACGAGAUGAAGAAGCCCCGGCGUGGCAAGUGUACUUUCAGCAGCUUCAGCAACAGCGCAAAGAACGACGGGAUGGAGAUAAUGAGAAGAGGGUAAAAGAGUACCGUGCAGAAAUCCAAAAACGGCGGCGGCUCCGGGAUGGCGAGCAAGCACCCUCUAGUGAUGAGGACGUGGCCAAGGUAGGUGAUCAUGGCUCCACAAAAGAGGAGGGAAAGAUGAAGCAGGAGUCACCCAAGAAGGAAGAGGAAGAGGCAGAUGCAGAUUGUCCACUUGCUUACACCUCGAGCGGCAGAGUGCUCCGGUAUCUCUACAGGGAGAGAGAGAAAAUGAAGAAGUACGCAGAGGCUUUCGACAAAGCCAAGAAGGAGAAGGAAGCCAAGAGGGCAGAUACUGAACGCAUGGCCAAAAGAGGCUUGCUUCAGAUCGACCAUGAAAGUGCAUCUGACGGCACAACUGCUCCACCGUCAAAUGAGCAAGUCGAAUCUGAGCCUGCUGAUGAUGCUGAAACCUAG